UGAUUUGCGGAUCCGCAGUGAUCUCCAGUCUUCUGUCCAGAUGACAGCGCGGGUGUGGCGGCAGGUUCCUCCCACCUGUUGUGCAGCAGUGAUGCGCGGCUCCUCUGGGGAGACACGUAAGACCUACAGUGUACUCCUGACAACGGCCUCCUGAUAUUUACAGGAAAUAUCGUUUUAAUCAGCGUCUUAUAAAGAGUCAUUUACUAUCAUUGUACAAUGACUGCGAAUCAUGUACGAAAGCGUCGAAAAGGAGGGUCAACGAAAAGAUAACGAUUUAUUAGUCAAAACCGAUAGUUGUGAUCCCCUGGAAGACGCAACUCCAAACUGGAGUUGUUACAAACUGAUUAUUGAUCCGGUUUUGAACGGCGGAAGUCAGAAAUUGUACCGCUAUGAUGGACAGCACUUCAGCGCACCGCAUCCUGAAUGUUUCCCUGUGGAUGUUAUACGAGAUCCCAGAAUUGCACGUUUUUGGACAAAAUUCAAAGAAGCAGAUCUCCCAGUCCCCAAAUUUAAGGUUGAUGAGAAUUAUGUUGGAGCACCGAAGGAGCUGACAUUUGCAAGGCUUAAUGACAACAUUAGGGAUGGAUUCCUAUCUGAAAUGUGUACAAACUUUGGAGAGGUUCAAGAUUUGAAAGUUUUAUACAAUCCAAAGAAUAAGAAGCAUUUAGGAAUAGCGAAAGUUAUUUUUGAAUCUGUAAAGGCAGCAAAUAAUGCAGUAAAAAACCUCCACAACACUUCUGUGAUGGGAAACAACAUCCAUGUAGAGUUUGACCCCAAAGGUGUGAAGAGGAACCGAUACUUCCGGAUGCUUGUUAGUGGUUUAUAUACACCUUUUACUCUCCCUGUUGGAGAAGAGGCCUGGGGACCCCAGUCACCAUCCUCGUUCACUGACUCUUUAACUUAUCUUUCAACAUUUCAGGAGUGUGAACCACUGAAGAAGCUGACUUACACAUUAUCAUCAUCAUCGUCGUCAAUAUGUAAUGGCUCCCCUUCGUUGGAUUGUUCUACUCCUUUAUCCAUGGAUACUGCCUACUCCAGCAUGCUUCAGGACACACCCAGUAGCUUCUGGCAGACCCCUCAAUACCAAGAUACCCCCUGCACCCCUUCUCUGACCCACAGUAGACCAGGCACACCAUCUCAGUGUGAAAAGACCCCAAAUGAAUCAACACCGAUAAACAGUGCCUCCAGUGUCCCUUUUAUUCAAUCCAUCCCAAACAUCUCACAGCUUCAGCCUGAUCAUGUUACUCAACCAGCCUCAAGUAAACCUAGCAUUAUUCAAGGUGCUGUGCAAAACUUUUGGAAGCUUGGUGGAGCUCCUUGUCAAAAUGGCAGCUUUUCAAAUAGACAAAGAACUCCAGGACGCAAUCCUCACUUUAGCAACCAUGUUCGUAGAGGACACCGGGUCAGACCUCUUGAGAGCAAGUACCAAAACGCAUAUAACCGUAGGCCACAGCACCACUAUAUACAUAGACCUGUAUAUAGGGGAGCUCAUUACCACUCUGGAUCUACAGCCAGUCAACUGCCUUUUAGAAAAUUUCAGGAUGCUUCAACUACACCAUCACAUUCGGAUAAGCUCACAGGCCAAUACUUUUCUGGCUCAAUCAAGGGCCUCAGUGUUAAUCACAGAUCUGUUGGUGAAGAUCCUCCAUCCCCUCCUAAUUUAGAUAUUCUGCCUCAAAAGGCUAUUGGAGUGGAUUUUCGUUACAUUCUUCCUGAUAUACAGAUAAAUGAAAAUAAGUCAGAAAAUCAUUUCAGUGGUACUCAAGAACCUUGUAAGACAGCCCAUGAGGUGAACCAAAAUCAUUGUCCACCACAAGGCCAGUCUUCUCACUCAUAUACCCCAAAGCCGUGUUCUUCCUCUGAAACCACAGAAGAUCUUUCAGAGCCUAUAGUGCACUGUCCUUCUCCUGAAUCUGAAUCUCCUGCUCUGGAAUCAAAGCCUGACAGCCUGGACUCUCGCAUCCAGAUGCUUCUUAGUGGUGGAAGUCCAGUUCUGCCUCUUCUGAACCAAGAAAGUUCAGACUCAGAGACUUCAGCUACUGAAGAGGGUGGUACAGACUAUCAUCCUCAACCUUCUCCCAAAGAUCCCAGCCCCUCUCCUUCUCGUUCCACAGAUGUUGUCCUAAACUGUGACCAAACAUCAUCUAUUGUGAGUAAUAAUGGCUCUCAUCCAAGAGAAAGUUUAUCUGGCAUUGAUGAUGUGAGUCUCACUUCACUCUGUGAUGUGGGAAAAGAAGACCAUGAACUUCAAUCAGCUAAGAAGCCCAAGGUCAACCCAGAUGAAGUUGAAGAUACUUCAGAUCAGCCGUGUAGUAUACCAGUGAUCUGCAGUAACAGGAGCUCUUUACCUCCGACUAUACUUCAAAUGCCCCCACCUCCAAUCAUUAUAUCACCAUCUGCUCACUACCCCUCCCUUCCAUCUCCUAAUUUACCUCCUCCACCUAUGGCUCCAUUGUUACCUGGAUACACUCUGCCUAGUUCUUCUUGUUCAUUAUACCCUCCUCCAAAGAUCCAGCAAGUCUGUAGGCCAUCCAAUUGGCAGGGUAGCCAAGUACCUCUUCCCAUUCCUACUAGAAUAACACAAGGGCAAACCUCAUUCUCACCUCCCUUCCUCCCUCCAACCUUCAAUUUCAUGACUCAUCGCCCACCAUUCCCUUCCGCUGGGUGUUCAUCUACAAUGUUGAGGUACAGGCCACCUUGGCCUCCACCCCCCAUGCCCAGGUUUGACCCCUCAGUACCUCCACCAGGUUAUGUCCCUAUGGAUGAAUCACCCCAUAAGGCAACAGUGGAUGGAGUUCUAGCUGUUGUCGCUUCAGAGCUGCGGGCUAGCAUAAAGAAAGACAUGCAUCGCAGGAUGGUUGAGAUUGUUGCCUUCAAAGCGUUUGAUCAGUGGUGGGAUGAUAAAGAACAGGCAGCUAAGGUAUCCACCCCAACUGUUAAAUCGGGAGGAAAUAAAGAUACAAUGCUCAGACCAAUGCAGCAGAGCCUAAGAAUGGGGAAUGCAGGGGUUGAAGGCUCUGUAUUGGGCACAGGAAAAAUAAGUCUGCAUGGUGGCAUCAAACUACCAUCUUUUAAGUUAAAGAGGAAGGAUCCAUUAACUGAAGCCUUUAGUGAUGUCAAAAGGAUCUGCCCUUCUCCUGGUCUUGAGCACUCGGAGGAUGAAGAAUCAGAGCAGCAAACAGCCGUAGAUAAUGUUGAAGAGGACACAACCAAAAAUUCCAGUGAAGACACUAUGGUGAAACGCAGGCAUUCCAGGCCUCUGGUGUUAGAUAGUGAAGAGGAAGAAGAUGAAGAGAAUUCUGACAAAGCAGAGAAUCCAAAAUCUGAGGAAGCUCAUGUGUCUACUCAGGAGGGUAAAGCGAUGUCAGUUGAUGAAGUACAUAAAGAUGAGAAGAGUGAUCCCAGUGGUAUCAUAGAGGAUGAAGAUCACUCAGAUACAGAUACUAUCAGUCACACAAGUUCAAACUCAUCUGCUUCUAAAAGCCAAGGAUACGACUCCUUAGCCUCUCCCAGAACUGUCUCUGACUCUUCAGCUUCUUCUCCAUCUGUUAUUGACUCCUCAGUUUCCUCUAGAUCUGUUUUUGACUCCUCAGAUGACAGAAACGAUGAUUCCUCAGACUCUCUGUCUUCUGGGGAGGACGAUCAGUUGGAUGGUGAACAUUCUUUUACUGAAACUCCACAUGAGGACAGAAAAAUAGAAGAGACUAUAUGGAUUUCUUCAGAUGAGGAUGAAAAUGAAAACCAGGAGAUCAUUCACACUCCUAUUUACUCAUCUUUUACACAAUGGGAAGAAGAUCUUGACCCCCCUGUGACCCCAUCUGCUCCAGAUUUAGUAGAAAGUGAUGUGGAACAUGAAUUGUUCGAUUUGGAUCCAGCUAGCACAGAAGACCCAGAGGAGGAACUGAGCGUUAGAGUUUAUAUGCAAGGUCUGAAACUACCUGAGCCUCUCAGAUACACCUUACAGGACCCAGUUAAACACUGUUUAACAAACAAACUAAAGCUCCCAGACCCGGUGAUAUUCUUUUCAGACCAGGAGUCAGAGCUGCCAAGCCCACCGUCUCCCACAUACAGAGAACUGUCAGAUGAUUUGGAGACACAAUACACUUCAGAUUCAGAGGACCAGAGAGUCAUUACAGAAACACUGGAGGAUUCUGAGAACCUCAGACCCAUCACACCCACUGGAUCCUUGUCUGAUAGAGACCCUGAAAUGGAGCUGGGACUGCGGUUUUCACCUCCUACUAUUGAGGAGGUGGAGCUGCCUCACACACCUGGUGGAUGUCUGGAAAUGGAGGAGACUGAGGAUCAUUUUUUACCUCCAGGGCCACCUACACCACUACCACUUCCUCCUUCUCCCACAGGCAUCCAGGAAUUUCCCUUCUCACCCGUUUACCACUGUCCUCCUCUCCCUUCCUCAUACCCCAUGUAUGAGGAAAUACCAAAAACACCAGGCAGGGUCAAUGGUCCACGCCACGUUUAUCACUCUGAGGGAAUAACACCAGCGGGAUUACUGCAAGAGACCUCACUGAGAAUGGGAAGCCCCUGUAACCCCGUUCUGUCUCCAUGUGCUGACAGCGGGAUCCCGAGGACUCCAGGGAGAGACAUGUCUCCAUCUCCACCUGUCCGAACCCAUAGAGAGCUGUGGGCUAGUGGACUCCAUCAUCACAACUCUGGUUUUGCACAGUCAGAGGGGCAAACUAAUCAUUUCAGUAUAAAUAGUAGUCAUGCACCUCAUGACUGUCAUAUCUCCUCAGGUCGAACAGCUUGUUUAGACACGGCACGCUUGAAAAGGCGACGAGAGCGGCUUAAAAUGAGAAGACGAAUAAUUGAAUUACAACGGACAAGACAAUACACAAAUAUAAAUACUCAUUCACCCUUACAAGUGAACAAUGUGACAACAAAAUCUUCUUCAAAUCAGGUUUUGGGGCCUUUGGAUUGUGUCUCAGAUAUUAGGACUGAGCAAAAACCACCAGAAUCCCAUAGACAAACUACAUCAACAGAGGACAGACAUCAACAGAGUGAGAAUCAAAGGCUUCAGGAGAGUUCUUAUGUGUGGAGAAGGUGGAGAGAACCUUCAUCCACAUGUCCCCUCAUCUUCUCUCCACGUUCUGAGAGAAGAGAGAAGCUGGUCCUUCAUGCUGUGUGGACUAAGGGGGUAAAUGAGGAGGAGAUCAAUCACCUGAAGGCCACUUAUGAGAGGCUUGUGGUGGAGGAUAAAGAAUGUGAUUGGUUGAACAGCACACGCUGGGUCCCACAUCCUCCAACCAGCACUCCUGACGACAGGCCAAGAAGAUGGCAGGAUGGAAUCAGGAAUCAUGUGACAGGUUGUGCACGCAGUGAGGGUUAUUACUUCAUCAGCAAGAGGGAAAAGCUGCGAUAUCUCAGGGAUGAGCUUUCUGCUUCAGAAGAGUUUAUUUCAAAUAAUCAGGGGAAAAGUGUGCCAGCUCAGAUUCCAUCUUCAUCCAGAUCAGGAUCAGAACUCAGAGCAGAACAGCGUCGCCUGUUGUCAUCCUUCAGCUGUGACAGCGACCUCCUCAAAUUCAACCAACUCAAGUUCCGUAAGAAGAAGCUGCGUUUUGGUAGGAGUCGUAUUCACGACUGGGGGCUGUUUGCAGAGGAACCUAUUGCUGCAGAUGAAAUGAUAAUUGAAUAUGUAGGCCAGAGCAUUCGACAGGUGAUUGCAGACAUGCGUGAAAGGCGCUAUGAAAAUGAAGGUAUUGGAAGCAGUUAUCUUUUCCGAGUCGACCAGGACACUAUCAUUGAUGCAACCAAGUGCGGUAACCUGGCAAGAUUCAUCAAUCACAGUUGUAAUCCAAACUGCUAUGCCAAAAUCAUCACUGUCGAAGCUCAAAAGAAGAUAGUCAUCUACUCUCGGCAACCUAUUGGUGUAAAUGAAGAGAUCACUUACGAUUACAAAUUCCCUAUUGAGGAUGAGAAGAUCCCCUGCCUGUGUGCCGCAGAGAACUGUAGAGGAACCCUCAAUUAGACAAGGACUGAUCUUGCACACUCAAAGUAUUAGCAGUAAACAAGUUUCAGUUAACAUGAACCUGUUCUAUAAGUCUGUGAGGAAUAAGGGUUUUAAAUAUAUUCACAAGGACGUAACAUCAUUUUUCACAGGGGCAAAUGACAAUCUA